AGUCUCUCAGUCUCUCUCUCUCUCUAGGGGCGCGUGCUUCUCACUCUCCGUCGGCUCAUCGCGUUCCGGCUCUCACCAGUCGUUUUCUGACGACGAUCAUCUUCACUCACUCUCAGGAUGAGUUCAAGUCGAGGUGGUGGAAAUCCCAAAGGAAAGCAUGUCUCUCAAGUCAAUAGCCCUGGGGUUGAGCAGUUGAGUCAGGAUGUGGGAGAAAUUAACCUGGGCUCAACUGAAGAUGAUGGAAACUGGGAGGAGGUAAUUGGUAGGAAGUCGAAGAACAGGGCUGGAAGUACAACUGCAAAGGCAUGGGGUUCUCCAAGUUCUGCUUCUAAAUCUUGGGGACAACAAGAUGCUCAGAAGCCAAAUAAUAUGCAGAGGAGCAUUGGUGGUGGAUCAGGACGGGCUGCUGGGAAGUCCUCCUGGGCACAAGCUGCUGAAUAUAGAAAACCAGCUGGGAGAGGAAAUGGCAGGCAACAGUCUGCUGCUAGGAAUUAUGAUAAUAGCUCUGUGACCCCGCAGCAUGCAAUUCCUCCCCCUCUCAACCAUGGAUGGAACUGGCAGUCUAGGGCUGGUUUGACUCAACCCAAGGAGGACAACGAUGCGGCUCCUGUGGAUGAUGAUGCGGAUGAAUUAUCGGAUGCUGAUGCUGAUUCUGAUGAUGAUUUCUCUGAUGAAUUUGACUCAGAUGCAAGUGUGAAGAGCCAUGAAACUAGAAAGAAGAAUAGGUUGCUCAAGAAAUUUUUCGAGGUACUGGAUAGCUUAACGAUUGAAGAGAUCAAUGAACCUGGGAGGCAGUGGCACUGUCCAGCUUGCCAAAAUGGUCCUGGUGCCAUUGACUGGUACCGGGGCCUCCAGCCCCUCAUGACUCAUGCUAAGACCAAAGGUUCAAUAAGGGCGAGGCUGCACAGAGAGCUUGCUGAACUUUUGGAUGAGGAGUUGCGGAGGAGGGGAACUACAGUUGUACCUGCUGGUGAAUCAUUUGGAAAAUGGAAAGGUCUAACUGUUGAGGAGAAGGAUCAUGAAAUUGUUUGGCCACCAAUGGUUGUUAUCAUGAAUACCAAACUAGAACAGGAUGAUAAUGAUAAGUGGAUUGGCAUGGGUAAUCAAGAGCUGCUCGACUACUUCAGCUCAUAUUCUGCUGUGAGGGCUAGACACUCUUAUGGACCACAUGGGCACCGUGGUAUGAGCCUCCUAAUAUUUGAGGCAUCUGCAAGAGGUUAUUUUGAGGCAGAGCGUCUGCAUCGGCAUUUUAUAGAGCAAAGGACAGACAGGGAUGCUUGGCAUCGUGCUAGUCGUGCCUUAUUUCACUCCGGAGGGCAGCGCCAGCUGUAUGGGUACAUGGCAAUGAAAGAUGACAUGGAAAUAUUUAACCAACAUUCCCAAGGUAAAUCCAAGCUGAAGUUUGAGAUGAGGUCAUAUCAAGAGAAGGUUGUGAAUGAUCUUAGGCAAAUGAGCGAGGACAAUCAACAGCUUAUCUGGUUGAAGAAUAGGGUUGUUAAAGAACAGAGGCAUGCAAAAGCUCUUGAAGAGUCUCUUGGAAUUGUCAGUGAGAAGCUCCGCAAAACAGCCAAGGAUAAUCGUAUUGUAAUACAGAAGACCCAAACCCAACAAGAAGAAACUCAGGAAGAGAUGCGUGCGCAAGAAGAGUUUUUCAAAGAGCAAAUCAGAAUCAUUCAUGAGUCAAGGGAUGCUAAGGAAGAAGGUUUUGAGAGGCUGCAGCAGGAGCAGCGUGAGAAGGUGAAGCAGUCACAUGGCCAGCCUGCACUUGACGGGUCGGAUGAAAUUGCGAACUUCAUCAAGGUCCAAGAUAAGGAGAUGGAGGAUUUUGUGGCAGAGAGAGAAAUGCUGAUAAAAGUUCAUGGAGAGAACCAGGCAGCAAUGAAGCGGAGGCACUGGGAGGAGGAGGUAGCUCUGGAGAAAGAAUUCAAUGACAAACUAACCCAGCUCAUGGAUAAGUACUCCAAGGUUCAGCCAGAAGCAGCUGCAACCCUGAGGGGUGAGAUGUAAUCAAACUUGCGUUUUAGGGCGAAGGGAAUUAGCAACUUGGAACAAGGAAAAACUUCAGGCCAGUUUAUGAAAACUUUCGGUGGAUGAUGAUAUGAUGACUCGACAUUUUUACAAAGGCAUUAGGCUAAUUGAGUGACCAUUAAAAGCGUACUAUGGAUUGUGGUUGCUGAGCAUUGUUGAGUAUAUUAUCAAUUAUGACAUGGUACUAUGAUAUUAUUCUCACCUUCGUCGAAAGGCUCUGUUUUUCUUU